AUGGAGUAUUUUCUGGCUGGACUAUUUGCUGUCCUGCUACGACUAUCCUUCCGACUUGAAUCUGUUGCUGGUUUAUCAACCCACUUCCCGCCCAUCAAGCGGGUGGAGCAUAUUUCAAAGGUGGAGAUCAGAGUGCUCCCGCGUCGGCGCCUUUUCCGGACUGACAACUCGAACCCAUUCGGAGCCAGCGACUUUUGGCGGAGCCUCGAUCCGCCGGUGUACGAGCUACGCAACGAUGAUUCGUUCAUGAUGAGCAUGGCUAUUCCGAAUCAGUUGAAAGCUCCCCAGGGAAGCCAGCACACCGGCCCUCACGAGACCUGGUUCACCCUCUUCCUUCAGCCUACAGCCGACCUGCUGCAUCCACAAGCCAAGAUAAGCUAUGAAUCAUCCACCUCUCGGGACGGCCAAUCAGCCACAAGAACCGUUUCACUUGCGCAAGAAGAGGUCUUGGCUUACUCUGGAUGGGUCAUCAGACAGUCUGGCGUGGAGAGCUGGUGGGCAGAGCAAAAGCGACUGCGGGAGAGUGGAACGUAUUAUCACCCGUCGAUUGACCAUAGGGAGCAAGACCCCAGAGUCUUAGGAUGGUCCCGGGUCUUGAUCCAUGAGACUCGAGGGAUGAGGAACAGCGAAGACUUGGAGAACCUGGUUUGGGAAGGCAGCUUCGAGGCCGACGGACAACUCUGGCACAUCAAGACCUUGGAUUCUUAUAACCUUAUCCGUCGCCCGACUGACCACAGUCCAAAGCGAUGGGACUCACAUCUAAGUGGAGGCUUGAUUGCGUGGCAAGAGGCGGUUGAUAGCCCAACCUAUCAAUCGGCUUUGCAUGGAUCAAGUAGCCCGCACCUUCAAAAGAGACAGUCGAUCGAUAGUAUGUCAGGAAGCAUGAGCAAGACUGAUUUCUCGGGCUCGAUAGGCUCCACCGAUGGCUGUCCAACCACCCGAAAGGUAGUUUAUAUGGGAAUUGCGGCCGAUUGUACCUACAUCAGCAAAUAUGGCUCCCCAAACGCGGCCAGGCUAGCUAUCCUCAACAACCUGAACACAGUUUCGGCACUCUACGAAAGGUCCUUCAAUAUCACACUCGCCGUCGUUGAGCUGAAAAUCCAGGACAUGGCUUGCCCGGCUCAACCUGCCCCCGACUUACCUUGGAACAUCGGUUGCCCUGACUCGGGUCCGGGUGGGCUUACACUUGACGGUCGAUUGAGUGCGUUCAGCCAUUGGAGGGGUCAGAAAGGCGGCAGCGACGGAGCAGGGUUAUGGCAUUUGAUGACGGCUUGCCCGAACGGACAAGAAGUCGGGGUAGCUUGGCUAGGAACGCUAUGCAAGGUGAACGCCGACGAACAGGAAUCCACCGGGCUCAACGAGCUUGCCCGUAGACCGAGCAGUGGACAGGUCACGAGUGGGACUGGGGUGACAUCGGCGAACCCGAGCGAGUGGCAAGUGAUGGCGCAUGAAAUUGGACACAACUUCGGUGCGAUUCAUGACUGCAGUUCAGGAUGUACCAAGUCCGACUCAUGCUGUCCCUUCUCCCAGUCAACAUGUGCACCGGAUAACGACUACAUCAUGACGGCUACCUCGUCCCGUCCGACCUCAUCCUUCUCCCCUUGUUCGAUCGGGAACGUAUGCUCGAAUUUGAAAGCGGGCGGAGGGGGAAAGAUGGACACGAGCUGUCUCUCCGAACCUGGGGCCCAUCGGAACAUCUCCCUCAACCAAUGUGGCAAUGGGAUCGUCGACCCCGGCGAGGAUUGUGACCCGGGCGACACACCCUCACCCUGCUGCCAAUGGGGCAUCUGCAAAUUCACACCCCAAGCUGUCUGCGAUCCUACCCAUUCACCGUGCUGUGCUCCGACCUGCCAGUUUUCCGCAUAUGGAACGAUAUGUCGACCCGUGGUCGAUCCAGUCUGUGACCAAGCGGAAAUGUGCACCGGGAAAGACGCCGAAUGUCCUGCUGAUACUUUCGUCCAAAACGGACUCUCCUGUGGUGCAUCAGGCGCUGGACUGAGCUGUGCAGCCGGGAAAUGUACCAGUCGGGACCAGCAGUGUCAGGCACAGGAUCCCAAACUUGGCUUGAAGCAAGCAUGCGAUCCCGCGGCCUCAAUGGACUGUCGGAUAGCCUGCAAAGAUCCCAACCAACCCAACCAGUGUGUAGUCCUAGAAACCAAAUUUGUCGAAGGCUCACCCUGUGGAUGUGGAGGCUUCUGCUCCGCCACCGGUACUUGCGUUGGUGGCGACCAAGCUGGGUGUGGUGACCAAUGGAGAGAGGUGUCUCAUGAUUCGGUCUGA